CACCACCCCCAAAUUUCAGUUCAACCAACACAAAUUGAAAUCCAAGAAGCAAAUUAUCAAGACUUUUUAGAGAAAAACAACAAAAUGAACUCUUUAACAAGAACUUUGGUUGUAGCGGCCACCGUCGGCGUCGUGGAGGCCCUCAAGGAUCAAGGAAUUUGCCGGUGGAAUCAUCUCUUCAGGUCGACUCACCACUAUGCUAGAAACCAUGUCCGGUCUAUUUCUCAGGCUAAGAAGCUUUCCUCCGCCGUGCCUUCCGCCAACCACCUCCGACAGUCGGAGGAAUCUCUGAGGAUGGUCAUGUACCUUAGCUGUUAGGGUCCUAAUAACUGAAUCGACCAAACCAUCCAACGACACAUUCCGGUUGGACCCGCGGCGGUUCGAGCCAAGUUAAUUCCAAGGAGACAUCGAUGGCCGAUUUUUGGAGCAGUUGAGCUCAUAGUAAUUUCCUCCCUUCAUCAGUUUUUAAUUGUAAUUAAUGAUUAACGAAGGCUUUGGGGUUGGGAGUGUGAUUGUUUCAACCAUUGUAAAACCAAAUAUUCCCCUUCUUAAGCACUAUAAUUUUACACAAUUAUUGAUUAUUGAGAUAAGAUUCAAUUUUGUGAUA